CACAUACUGCUCGUCGCCAAUAUCCGCAAAAGGGGGCUUCCUAGGGGCUUCUUACUAGAGGCUACUACUAUGCAUAUGUACUCAAAUGACUGGAGAAGCUGGUGGAGAUACUGCGUAAAAAGAUGAACGAUGCCAUGGGCCCGGAAAUCGUAAACAGGAUUCGCGACGUCCUGACUUCCGGUGAAUGUUCCGUUCCUGAGAGACUAGCCAAGGAACCGAUGAGUAAAAUCUCGUCAUCAUCAUCACCAUCAUCGUUAGGAGAUGCGAAGAAGGCUGGAGACAACGACGAUGACGACGACGACGAAGACGACGAUGACAUCGACGAAGAGAAAACGGACACAAGAAGUGAUAAGAAUUCGUCGAUCGUGAGUGAUCCGAAAGGUCCACUUGCGGUCGAAAAUAGUGUUAAUCUAUCGGGACCCGUGACUGAUCUUUGAGCACGUAUUAGAAACGCAACUGUUGCCUUAUAUAUGUUACGGUGCUAAAAGUGUUCGAUGAGCGAAAAUGAAUGCGGAGGAAUCGCUGGUGAUUGUACGUCUGGAAUCACCGACGAUGUUGAGAAAUGCGGAAAUUGUUUCGUGAAUCAUAUUUGGUGAAAACAAUUUUGUGAGCACUUUCUUUGUGAAAAAGCAGGAAAAACGGAUCGAUUAUUUAAAUUUUAUAUGGCGAUGCGUUUAAUUCCUCAAGCUCUCAUUUUCACCAAUAUACAGGCGGUGAUUGUAGGCUACAGACUUACCAGUGAUAUUAUAAAACUGUCAAAUGAUAAAAACUUGCACUGUAACAUAUCAAUUGUACAUUGCGUAAUUAUCUUUCCGUAAUUAUCUUUCGUAAUAUUCGUAAUAUAUAAUUAUUUUUGUGCAUUGUUCAAGUGCCAGAGCGUACUGUCAAAGAUAUUAAUACUUUAUUCAUCUCCAUUUGCAAUUGUUUAAUCAUUACAUACACACAUACACGCGCGCGCGUACUUCAAAUCCGAUCCACCUGAAAGAGAGCAACUUUUUGAUAGCUUAUCGAUCGUUAAUAGAAUUUAUUAUUUGUGCGUUUGUUCAUUCUCGUAUUAUAUAUUUUCGAAAUAAUUAUUUAUUACUAUUAAACGCUACUGUAUAAGUAAGCGUGUGUAAUUUUGUUAUGAAUGUGUUAUGUGAAUAUUUCUCUGCACAAUUAAUAUUAUUGCUAAUGAGACUGCAGCAUCGAACAAACAAAGAUAUUCGCUUUGCGGUUUGAGCGAUAUGAGGUGACUCGAAUGAUUCAAACACAAAUGUUUCACGAGAUAUAUGAACUUAAAAAACGAUAUUAUUCUUCGUGAACUGUUUCACGCGUUUUUAUGUGUAACGCGCAAGUUUGCUGGUUGCAUGACAAAUGUUAUAUUUUUCAUCUAUACAUCGCUGUUUCAUAAUACAUUUCCUCUUCUUGUCUUGUCUUAGAUUUUACAUCCUUUUACUUCAUUACUCACUAGAUUAAUCUUUUGUGAUUCCAUAUGAAGGUAGGUUCAUUACAUAAUGCCUUGUAAUUUUGUAAUGCAUUAGCAGACUAUAUUUUAGGAUCUUCAUAGAAUUCUACAAAUAAAAUAUAAACCAAUUGUUACAUAUUACACUUGUACUGAGAUGAACAUAAAAUAGGGAUAUAAGGCACUUAAUUUUCACUUAUUUAUUGUAAUUAACUCGGAUCAGAAGUUAUAUCAAUUUUAUACCUUAUUUCAUCUGUUUGCAUCAUAUCAUGUAUAAUAUUUUAUCUUAUCCUCAUUAUACAUAAUCUCAUUCGAUAAUCAAACAUACGAAAAUAUAUUUUUAAAUAAUAUAUAAUAUUAUUAACAUGGAAGGCGUAAGAUUCUUAACAUUUCUCUCUAGCGUGUCUUUUUAACAAAAUUCUCCACAUAAAGAUAUGAUUAUUUAUGAUUAUUUUAAUGAAUUAUAUUGAUUAAGAAAAAUUUGUCGAAUUAGGAAAUCUUGCAAAAGUACUUUUAGUCAUUUAUGAUUAUAAUAUGAAUGCAUUAAUUAUUUAUUCGAAAUGUUAAUACCAAAACUUUGCAAUCUAAGCAUGUAAAUUAAAAUAUAUUCCGUCACUUAUACAUCAUAUAUAUUUAUAUAAACUUAUCUUUUAAUAUCAUAUUUAAUAUCAUAGUUAUGUUACUUAGUAUAUUAUUUCUUUAUCGUUUAGUCGUUUAUAGUUUAUAGUUAUAGCGUUUUAUGACUUAUAUAUUUAUUACAGAUUGUAAUUAUUUAUGAUGUCUUGUAAAAUUAUGUAAGCUAGAAUCUUCUUGGAAGGGGCUAUCAAUAUUAGAAGACAUAGUUCCGUCAGUUUAAUUAAUAAAGUUGUCUUGUAGCUUUCCGAUUUUGAAACAACUACCAUAGAGUUGCAAAUUUCUAUGUAUAAAUUUUUCCAUUUACAUAUCGUAUUUUCAUCAAUAUUAUUUAGAUAUUUGUAUUCUGCAAAGGUAUAGGUAUUUCUCUAGCAAUAUAUUUCCCAGUCGGCAAUAAACGUAGGCAUAGUUUUACGAGCGAUAACACGUUCUAAUCGCAUAUCGUAAGCAGAUAUCGUGUCAUAUUUUGUAUACUUUUUGUAGAGUAAUUGAAAAUAAAAAUUUCGCGAUACUAAUUGUCGUGCAGGCAACUGAGAUUUUACAUUGUAAUAAAGCAAGAUUUAGGCUAUAUAGUGCAGCAUCAAUCAUCGCAGCUCCGCAGUGGGUGAUUGUUACCUCGUGUAGAUCAAUAAAGGUUGAUUUCUGCAAAACUUGCUCCAAAUUCGAGGUAACCAUACAAUAACCGCUAGGAUAACAUUGAACGCGAAUUUGUUCAUUUAAACCGUAUUGCAAGUUUCACAUGUGCCUCCAUGUAAAGUUUAUGGAUUGUCCAUUUUGUAUAACUCGCCGCUGACAAAUGACAUGUUUUAUUAAGGUUCUCAUUGUUGCGUUCUGCAAGAAUUAAUUGGAUUAAGAAUUGGAAAUAGUUUAUUCCGCAAAAUAAUUUUAUAAUCUUCGCAAUUUAUACAAUAGCUCUAAUACGCUGGAAUUAUUUUUUCAUCUUUUGCAGUAUUCAAUAUAUUAAAGAAUGACGUACACAUUUAAAUUUCUAUCAAGUCCUUUCAAUUAAAUAAUUUUUAAGAUAAAUUUAACUGAGAAUCUAUUUUAAUAUAAAUCUUGUUAAUUUCAAACAUAAAUCUCGAUGUAUAUUUAUUCGUUAUUUUAUCUAUAUUUAUUUGUAUGCAAUAUGGAAGGGCGUAGAAAAGACGUUUUCCAAUAUUUAUGUCUCGAACGACUUGUUAAUCGAUACAUUUAAGAUACAUUCGCAAUACUAUGUAUACGACGUAACACUAUCUUCUCUAGCGAACUUGAAGUGCCAUUAGAAUCAAGCAUAGCUCAAGUUAUACUAUUUUUGAUCAUAUUGCGGAACGUUGUAAAACAGCGUGUAUUGUCUCAAAAUAAUCUGAAUAAAAUACAUAUUUAUGAAGGA